AUGGGCACCAUCGAUUCUUCCAUGCCGUCGUUGUCCUCGCGGAACCUUGAUGGCCAUAGCUCCCCCGGUGUUGCAGCCGCCGACAUGUCUUCAACGCCAACUCUUCAAGACUUAGCAAAACUAAUAAAUGAUGACCAGGCUUUCGAGAACACCUCUACCUCGGUAGCCGCUAGUCAGAUGCGAAAUGCCUUGAACAACCUUGCCGAUACCGUCACAGACCCUACGGAGAAGAAGGUACUAUAUUCUACGAUCUCGACAUGCGUGGGGAUAUCUGCUAAUACUACCUAGCUCUUCGAGACUGAGAUGGACAACUUCUUUGCUCUUUUCCGAAGAUACUUGAAUGACAAGGCCAAGGGAAACCAACUGUAAGAUUCACCAUCCACUUUUCGAAAGAACUAAACCUAAUUAACUUCCAGUGACUGGGAUCGUAUUGCUCCUCCAGCCACCAACCAAGUUGUCGACUACAAUGAACUUGCCAACUCAGAGUCCGUCGGAUUUUUGAGCAAGCUCGCUGUCCUCAAACUCAACGGUGGUCUUGGUACAUCUAUGGGAUGUGUUGGUCCCAAGUCGGUUAUUGAGGUCCGUGAUGGCAUGUCAUUCUUGGAUCUCUCUGUCCGACAAAUCGAAUACCUCAACCGAACAUAUGACGUAAACGUUCCAUUCGUCCUGAUGAACUCCUUCAACACGGAUGAUGACACUCAAAACAUCAUCAAAAAAUACGAGGGUCACAACAUUGACAUUUUGACCUUCAACCAAUCCCGAUACCCAAGAAUCUUAAAAGAUUCCCUCCUCCCAGCACCAAAAACAUUCGACUCUCCCAUCUCUGACUGGUACCCACCAGGACACGGAGAUGUUUUCGAGUCCCUCUACAACUCCGGUAUUCUCGAUAAACUCAUCGAGCGUGGUGUCGAGAUUCUUUUCCUUUCCAACGUCGACAACUUGGGAGCUGUUGUUGAUCUCCGUAUUCUUCAACACAUGGUGGAGACCAAGUCUGAGUACAUUAUGGAAUUGACCGACAAGACCAAGGCCGAUGUUAAGGGUGGUACCAUUAUCGAUUACGAAGGAUCCGUCCGUCUUCUCGAAAUUGCUCAAGUACCAAAAGAGCACACCAACGAGUUCAAGUCAAUCAAGAAAUUCAAGUACUUCAACACCAACAACAUCUGGUUGAACUUGAAGGCAGUUAAGCGCAUUGUUGAGAACAAUGAGCUCGAAAUGGAGAUCAUCCCCAACAACAAGUCUAUUCCAGCAGACAAGAAGGGAGAAUCGGAUGUCUCCAUCGUCCAACUCGAGACUGCCGUCGGUGCUGCCAUCCGUCAUUUCCACAACGCCCACGGUGUAAACGUUCCUCGAAGACGUUUCUUGCCAGUCAAGACCUGCUCUGACUUGAUGCUUGUCAAGUCGGAUUUGUAUUCGCUCAAGCACGGUCAACUCCAAAUCGACCCCAACAGAUUUGGACCAGCUCCACUUAUCAAGCUUGGUAAUGACUUUAAGAAGGUUUCCGACUUCCAAAAGCGUAUCGGUAGCAUUCCAAAAAUCAUUGAGCUUGACCAUUUGACCAUCACUGGUGCCGUCAAUCUUGGUCGUGGUGUUACAUUGAAGGGUACGGUUAUCAUCGUGGCUACUGAAGGUAGCACCAUUGAUGUCCCACCCGGAUCCAUCUUGGAGAACGUCGUCGUACAAGGUUCCUUGAGACUGUUGGAGCAUUAGAGGGAUUAUGUAAUUAUUUUUUGCAAGCUGUGCUGUUUUUAUAGCCUGCCUGCAUCAGUCCCAAAUUAGAUGUGGUCGAGCAAAAAAGACCGAUUUUCAUCGGACCGGUCGAUUUGGAGCGCUAGAGCUUCCAUGUCCGGGAUCAUGUAUUAGGAUUAUUUUAAUGAGACGAUGCUUUUAAAACAUUCCCUACCAAGUGACAUGCUUGUGUGUACUCGAUCAGUUUCCAAAGGUUAA